AUGGGUAACGGUCAGGGAAAGCCCGUCGACCUCAACGGCGAAGUUAGUCUCAACCACUUCCGCCUGUUACGAGUCGUCGGCCGCGGUGCCUUUGGCAAGGUAAGAAUUGUCGAGCGAAAGGAUACCGGGUUGUCCUUUGCGCUCAAGUAUAUCCGCAAAGAUGAAGUUGUCAAAUCCGAGAGCGUUCGCAACAUCAUUCGUGAGCGUCGUAUGCUCGAACAUGUCAAUCAUCCCUUUAUCUGCAACUUGCGCUAUAGCUUCCAAGAUAUCGAAUACAUGUAUUUGAUUGUCGAUCUCAUGAGCGGUGGCGAUCUACGCUUCCAUAUCUCCCGAAAGACAUUCACCGAAGACGCUGUUCGCUUCUGGAUUGCCGAAUUAGCUUGCGCCCUACGGUAUAUACACGCCAACAAUAUUAUCCACCGCGACGUCAAACCGGACAAUGUUCUUCUUGAUGCAGAUGGUCAUGUGCAUCUGACUGAUUUUAAUGUUGCCUCCGAUGUUGUUCCCGGGCGAGUCCUCACCAGCAAAUCUGGCACUCUUGCUUAUCUCGCCCCCGAAGUAUAUGCUGGCAAGGGCUAUGAUGUCCGUGCCGACUGGUGGUCGCUUGGCGUUCUGUUUUACGAAUGUAUAUACAACAAGCGCCCUUUCGACGGCACAUCCGAGGCAACAUUGAGCCAGCAAAUUCAAUACCAGCAGCCUAAGUACCCCGUUACGCAGCCUCCCGUCUCUCUCCCUUGCUUGUACGCCAUCGGUUCAGCGCUCGAUUCCAAUCCCAACACUCGCCUCGGCCACACUUGGGAUCACUUUAUCAGCAACGAAUUUUUCCGAGAUAUCAACUUUGAAUCGCUCGAACAAAAGAGAAUCGAGCCGGUUUUCAUACCCUCCUCCGAAAAGACAAACUUCGACGCUACAUAUGAUCUUGAGGAACUCCUACUGGAGGAAGCUCCCCUAGAAGCCCGAGCUAGACGACAAAAACCGCGUGAGCGUUUAAAGGAGGACGCCUCACAGCAAGAGAUUCGGGAGGAUGAGCUUUAUCGCAUGAUCGAAACCGAUUUCAGCCCAUUUGACUACACAAUAGCUGCUUACAAAAAAUACACAGAAGCCGCCACAGAGGCCGGAAUUUCACAGUAUCCGAGACAUCCACCUCCGUUGCAGCCCUCUCCGGAAGAUGGUCCCCGAGCCAUUACUACCGAUGCUGCCGUUCCGGCACCUCCCGCAAAUGAUGUGCGGCCAGUCGAGACAGCGGGCAGUGACGAGGCCGUUUAUCCCCAUCCAGUCCGCGCCGCUCCAAUGCCUUCCAACUACCGAAGCGGGUACGUUUCUAGACGUAAUCUGUCCAACGGCAACAGAGUAAUGAGUUCCACUGGUGGCGUUCAAGUUACGCUUGAUGGCGGCAGCAGCUGGUCUGACCUUGCCCGCCAGGACGCGACAUUGCCUAUCGAUGCCAACACGACGACUGUCAUCAAGAGCGAGAGCUCUAGCAGCAUGUUUGGAUUUCUCAAGAGCAAAAGGGGUCGCAAUCACAGCCCCAAGCCCAAGGAGCGGGGAGUUCUGGGUAAAGAGGGUGCUCGUGUAGUCAUCAGCUAG